UGCGACCUGCAACUACCUGCCUGCAAGAGCUGUCGGAUCAACGACGUCGAGUGUACCUUCUGGGACGAUUCCCUACAGCAGGAGAUAUCCUGCGGUCACCUAUAUGCUCUCGGCCAGAAGAAACAACGUCUUGAGUCCGAGAUCCGGAAUCUCAGAGCCAGAUCUCGUGCCGUGCAGAAUGAUCCUGUCCUCAAUGUGCCUUCCCUACAAGUCACUGAGCAAAGCUAUCAUCUGACCAUCUCAAAUGAUGGCAUUCCGUCCCCUUCACCAACGGCAUAUCUAGGUCCCGGAAACCUGGCUCGCUUUCUGGAGCGUUUACUGAAGAACUCCGUUUACUGGCAUCUGGCCAGCCACCUGCCGAUUCCAGAACGUCUGCUGCGGGAUGAAUCCUCAACAUCAUUUGGACCCCAGAGUUUGACAACUCUGCCAUCGUUUCACGUUCUAUUGGACCAGCGCAAACUGGAGCUCCAGUCUCUCGUACCGCCUUCUACUCAGCGAGCAAUCAUAGAGCACUUUAUGAAAGUCGUGUCCGAGGAGUACCCUUUGCUCACCCGCGAGCUGCAGUCAGUUAUAGGGAUGCACGAGAACCCCUUGAGAUGGAGUAGCGCGAAUAAAGACCACCCCGGUGCCAUUGCGUUGAGUAUAGUGUUUGCUAUUUCCUCCACGCUGAUUACGCGGGAUCUGGACCCCACUUUAUCCGGCAUCUCAAUACGCUGCAUUAAUGAUGUACAAAAAAUUCCCCAAAACCUGAGACCACAAGAGACACAGGUGGCGACGAUAAGAUGGACAUGUACCGCUUUGUGUGCGCUUGCUCUCUGUGAAGCAAUAAAUCCGAGUUCGGGGCAGCUAUGGGAUCUGUUGGGAAGAGCCUGUUCAACGAUUGAAGACCUUCGUGAAGAAUACCAACUUCAAAACAUGGAAUUGGACGAUGCGUUUAUAAGGCUAGAGGGCUCCUUGCUGAAACUCGAGAGCUGUACUAUGACAUAUUUUCGACUCCAAUCUCCUUAUUGUGCGCUGCGUCUGAACUCGACAGUGGGGAUUUCAACAUCGUCCGGAAUGUUGUCGGACGACCUGAAUGUUUUGACCCAUCAACAAAAUAUUAUCGAGCACAUAACGCACUUCCCUUUGCAAUCAGAGGAUUUCUUCGAAAGUUUGAUUCCACUUCAUUUACAGGUGAGAUUAACAACUUCGGAUAUAAGCAUAUACUCAGCGACGCUAUACCUGGCUUUGCAUCCCAUCUUCACGACGUCGGAUAUUGUUGCAUGUUCUGCGUCUGCAAUUAUUGACCAUUUCGCCCGCCUGAACGAAGACAAGAAGAUCAUUAGCAUUUCUAUGGCUGCAUCACAAGUCCUUGAGGCUGGAUUGGUCUGGGCGACCUAUCUCAUGUGUCGGCACCAGACAGCGCAAGCUGGGUCGUUUUACGCAAUGGAACCACGCCUUGCGCUAGGCCCCAUCCUGAAAGUUUCUGCUCUUAUUUCUUCCUUCGUGGCGCGAUGGGAAAGUGGUGCGGUAUACGCCGAGGCAUGGGAAACAUUUGUGCAAUUGCUAUGGAACAUGGUUUGA